AAACACAAUCAGUUAAAAUCCAGAAAUUCGCCAAAAAGAAACUCACUCCACAGUGUUUCUCCCUCUUUUUGAAUCCCAGAAUUAGAUGUAAUCCUUCGAAUUCUCACCAUUUGAAUCCAAAUCAACGUAUGAGCAGAUAAUUGUUAUCGGUAUUAGUUUAUUAUUCACUGUAGGCAUUUUUUUGAGGAGGCUAAAGAUUGCCGUGAAGUUUGCUCUUAAUAAAAAUGGCGUGUAUAAAAGGGGUGAAUAGAUCGGCACAAGUGGCACUAGCGCCGGACGCUCCUUACAUGGCGGCCGGGACGAUGGCUGGGGCAGUGGAUCUUUCCUUUAGCUCAUCGGCGAAUCUCGAGAUCUUCAAGCUUGAUUUCCAGAGUGACGAUCGCGACCUUCCUUUGGUAGGCGAGUGCCCCACUUCAGAACGAUUUAACCGCAUCGCUUGGGGCAAGAACGGAUCUGGCUCCGAUGAAUUUUCGCUCGGGCUAAUUGCUGGUGGCCUCGUUGAUGGCAAUAUCAAUCUUUGGAACCCCUUAAGCCUGAUCCGCUCUAUGUCAAGUGAACAUGCUCUUGUUGGACAUCUUUCAAGACACAAAGGACCUGUUCGUGGUCUUGAGUUCAAUGCCAUUACUUCAAACUUGCUAGCAUCUGGGGCCAAUGAUGGUGAAAUCUGUAUCUGGGAUUUGUCAGCACCUGCACAACCGUCUCAUUUUCCUCCUCUUAAGGGUAGUGGUUCUGCUAAUCAAGGUGAAAUCUCAUUUCUGUCUUGGAAUAGUAAGGUUCAACAUAUACUGGCCUCAACUUCUUAUAAUGGAACAACUGUUGUUUGGGACUUGAAGAAGCAAAAACCAGUGAUAAGUUUUGCAGAUUCAGUUAGAAGGCGAUGUUCUGUUUUGCAGUGGCAUCCUGAUAUUGCCACUCAACUUGUUGUUGCUUCAGACGAAGAUGAUUCACCCACUUUAAGGCUUUGGGAUAUGCGGAAUAUAAUGUCACCAGUGAAGGAAUUUGUAGGGCACACAAAAGGUGUAAUUGCAAUGGCAUGGUGUACCUCUGACAGCUCUUAUUUGGUCACAUGUGCCAAAGAUAAUCGAACUAUUUGUUGGGACAUGAUUACUGGAGAGAUUGUCUGUGAAUUGCCUGCUGGUACCAACUGGAACUUUGAUGUGCACUGGUACCCAAAGAUACCUGGAGUGAUAUCAACAUCUUCUUUUGAUGGGAAAAUUGGCAUGUAUAACAUUGAGGGUUGCAACCGAUACGGUGUUGGGGAGGUUGAUUUUGGUGCAGUGUCUUUGAGAGCUCCAAAAUGGUAUAAACGUCCCGUUGGGGCAUCUUUUGGCUUUGGAGGAAAAGUUGUCUCAUUUCGCCAUCAGAUAGGUACUUCUCCAUCAUCUGAGGUUUUUGUGCACAACAUAGCAGCCGAAGAAAAUCUGGCUAGUCGUUCAUCAGAAUUUGAAUCUGCAAUCCAAAAUGGGGAAAGGUCUUUGCUAAGGGCUCUAUGUGAAAAGAAAUCCGAAGAGUCUGAAUCUCAGCAGGAUCAAGAUACGUGGGGCUUCUUAAAGGUGAUGUUUGAAGAUGAUGGGACCGCUAGGACGAAGUUGCUCAUGCAUCUAGGUUUUAGCCCACCUGCAGAAGAAAAAGAUACUGUACAAGACGACCUCCCUCAGAAUGUAAAUGAUAUUACCCUUGAGGAAAAAGUGGGCCAUGAGAAAGAACCUACCCUAUUUGCUGCUGAUAACGGGGAGGAUUUCUUCAACAAUCUUCCAAGUCCCAAAGCUGAUACACCAGUUGCAACUUCUGAUAAUAAUUUUCAUGUUGAGAGCACAGUUCAUAGGGCAGAUCUAACACCUCAGGAAUCAUAUGGGCCGGAGGAAAGUUCAGAUCCAUCAUUUGAUGAUGCUGUUCAGCGUGCUUUGGUGGUGGGUGACUAUAAGGGAGCAGUUGCACAAUGCAUUGCAGCCAAGAAGAUGGCUGAUGCAUUAGUUAUUGCUCAUGUUGCUGGUGCUUCCUUGUGGGAGAGCACACGUGAUCAGUUUCUUAAGAUGAGUCAUUCCCCACACCUGAAGGUUGUCUCUGCAAUGGUGAAAAAUGAUCUCAUGAGUCUUGUCAAUGGGAGGCCUUUGAAACUAUGGAAAGAAACACUGGCACUCCUCUGUACAUUUGCCCAAAGAGAGGAAUGGACUAUAUCUUGUGAUACGCUUGCUUCCAAACUAAUGGCUUCUGGUAAUACUCUGGCAGCAACUCUCUGUUAUAUAUGUGCGGGAAAUAUUGAUAAAACAGUGGAGAUUUGGGCAAGGUGCCUGACAACUGAACAUGAUGGGAAAUCUUAUGUUGAUCUUCUCCAGGAUUUGAUGGAAAAGACCAUUCUCCUUGCUUUGGCAACUGGCCAGAAGAGAUAUAGUGCAUCGCUGUGCAAGCUUGUUGAGAAAUAUGCUGAAAUUUUGGCUAGUCAAGGGCUUCUAACGACAGCAAUGGAGUACUUGAAACUUUUGAAGUCUGAUGAACUGUCACCUGAGCUUGUGAUCUUAAAAGAUCGUAUUGCACUUUCAACAGAACAUGAGAAGGAAACUAAAUCUAUGGUUUUUGAUAGCUCUCAUCUAGCAAGUGGAUCGGUCUUUGAACCUACACCACAGAUAUAUCCGGAGUCGGCUACAUCACAAAUUCAGCCAGGUAUUCCAAGUAGUGCUUAUGAUGAAAAUUAUCAGCGUUCUUUCUCUCAGUAUGGAGGAUAUGCACCACCUCCCUCAUAUCAACCUCAACCACUGGCGACUGUAAAUACUUUUGUUCCAACCCAAGCUCCUCAUGGUUCACAGGCAAAUUUCGCACCGUCCCCUGGCACCACUCAGCCUGCUGUUAAACCCUUUGUUCCUACAAAUCCUCCUGGUCUAAGAAAUGCAGAUAAAUACCAGCAGCCAACUACCUUGGGUUCCCAUUUAUAUCCUGGUGGUGCCAACCCUACUUAUCCUGCACCCCAGGGAACCGUUUCACCUGCACCUGUCCCAUCACAAAUUGGAUCAGUUCCUCGCCCCCAAAUGCCCCAAUUCGUAGCUCCCACCCCAACACCUAGGGGAUUUAUGCCAGUGACUGACACAUCCGUUGUUCAAAGGCCUGGGAUGACCCCGGUGCAAUCCGGCAACCCUACACAGUCGACAUCAAUACAACCAGCUGCAGCACCUGCUGCACCCCCACCAACUGUGCAGACUGCUGACACUUCAAAUGUACCUGCCCACCUGAAACCCGUAAUCACGACCUUAACUAAACUUUUCAACGAGACCUCUCAAGCACUGGGAGGAUUACGUGCAAACCCAGCUAAGAGGCGUGAAAUAGAAGACAAUUCAAAGAAAAUGGGUGCCUUAUUUGCCAAGCUCAACGGUGGAGACAUUUCAAAAAAUGCUUCUGAUAAGCUUAUUCAGCUCUGCCAGGCAUUGGACAACAAUGAUUUCGGUACAGCACUACAAAUCCAGGUUCUUCUCACUACGAACGAGUGGGAUGAAUGCAACUUUUGGCUUGCAACCCUGAAACGGAUGAUUAAGACUAGGCAGAACGUAAGGUAAGUCAAGAAUCGAAAAGGCCUCCGAGAAUGUUGUCAUUUUUGCUCGAAUACUUUUGGGGCAAUGGUAGUGAUAGAUAAACAAACUGCAGGAUACACACACACUCAUAUAUUGGUUUUUUUCUGCUCUCAUUACAUAAACCUGAUAGUGAUAGAUAAUUGACUUUCGCCGUUUCACAUUAAUACUCCUUUUGAAAGCAAAGCAGGUUAUUGGAAAUACAUUUCAGGACUUUAUGUU